AUGGUUAAUUGUGACCUUGAGGCUAGAAAUAAUAUAGUUAAAAUACAAGGUUUGAACGAUGAUGUAAAUAAAGCAUUUAAAUCAUUAGCUGAAUUGACCGAAGUAUUGGAUGAAAUCAACUAUGUGUUGGAAAUUCCUAUUUUUAAACAAUUUCACAAACUUAGUGCUCGAAAGAGAGCAAUAUUUAUUAAAAAGAUUAGAGAAGAGACUGAUACGAGAAUUUUUUUACCACGUGAAGGAGACAAUAAGGAUGUUAUUAAAGUCAUGGGAAACAAAAGAAAAGUUUUGAUCGCUUAUGAUAUGAUUAAAGAAAUACAAAAUGAAAUUGGAGACAUAAUAACAAAGGAAAUGGUGUUGGGAAAUGUUAAAGUUAGAAAUGCUAUUGUAAAUCUUGGGAAUAAAUUCAUUCAAUCUAUAAAAGAAGAUUGUGGUGGUAAUGUGACAUUGAAUUUACCAACUGUUAAAGGAGAUAAUACUAUAGUUAUCAAAGGACCUGAAGAUGAUGUUAAAAAUGUUAUUACACAAAUUCAGACAAUGGUUGAUGAAGUUCAUAAAUAUGUAUUUGAUUUGAAAGUAAAUCCGAAGUUUCACAAAUAUUUAAUUGGAACAAAUGGAGUCAAUGUUAAAAAGAUCAGAUAUUUAACGAAUACAAGAAUAAUUUUCCCUCCUGAAACUGAUUCCACUAAUGAAAAUAUAACUAUUGUUGGUAAAAAAGAGAAUGUUAAUAUAGCAAAAGCAAAAUUUGAAGUUAUGAUAGCCGAUAUUAGUAAUGUCUUCAAAGAACGUGUAGAAAUCGAUGAAAAGAAUCAUGUCACUUUAGUGGUCAAUCAAAAAGAAUGUUUAAACGAAUUGGAAAAAGAAUGUGGCGAUGUUAAAAUUGAAUUUCCUCAUCUUGGUGCUGGAGAUAGAGUUGUGAUCAGUGAUAGCAAAGCAGAUGUUGCUCUUUCUAAACAAAGACUUUUAGACCAUGCUAAAGUUUUGGAAAAUACUAUUCAAGCUGUAGUAAAUGUUGAUCCUAAGUAUCAUAAUUACUUUAUUGCAAGACGUGGUGAAGUCAUCAAUCGAAUUAUUAAUGAUUGCAAUGGAGUGUCUAUAACAUUUCCGAAAAUAUCUUCUAGCAAUAGUGCUGUCAUCAUAAAAGGUGACAAAAUAAAUGUUGAAGAAGCGAAACGUAAGAUUAAAGAAAUUGUUAAAGACUUGAAAAACACAAUUGAAGUCACUAUAAACGUUCCUCCAAAAUAUAAUCAUAAUUUUGUUGCCCACCACGCUGAAGUAAUAAAACAGAUAAGUGAGAAACAUAAUGGAGUUACUGUUAUAUAUCCACAAGUUAAUUCCAAUUCUACUAAAGUUUUGAUUAAAGGCCACAAGGAUCAUGUUGAAAAAGUCAAAAAUGAAAUCGAUAAUAUUAUUAUUGACUUGCGCCGUAGCAGUGGUGCAGUAGGUGCGACGCACCGAGGCCUUCGUGAUUUGGGGUCCUCAAUUCAAAAGAAAACUGAUAUCAACAAAAAUAGAAGAUUGCGUUAA